CACAGGCUUUGAUCUGCGGUGGGUGGAGGUCGCGCUCCGGUGGUGGUUUCCCCUCGCUUGAAUAUCCCGUCCGGGCUGAGACGUUCGAAGUGCUUGGCGGUCUGCCUUGAUGUCGUGUGCUGGCCGGAGAUCCCACAAGGCCUUGUAGCAGGUUGCAGCCCCAGAGGGAGCCUGCAGACCAGGGAGAGGCGGAGCUCCCAGCCCGAGCGGAACCUCCAAGGCUGCAGUCUGUCUGCAGAUUCCCUUUCUCCCUCCUCCCUCCUCCAGCUCCAUGAAUCAGUGCACGUUCACUGUCCCACCUGUAGUGUAGAGCGAGCCGAGCUGGAAACAAAAGCCUUUUCUGAACUUAGAAAACUCAGAUAAACAGCCGAGUUAGUCACACGUAUCUUCUGUUCUUAUUGCCGAAAAGUCUCCCUUAAGAAAACAUGGAGGAAUUGGGAAAGUCGUGGCAUUCUCUCCGUUUUAGCUCGGUUUCAAUCGUAUAGACGGGCUGCUGCCAAACUUUCCUGCCCGUCUGCCGUUCCCACUGGGCGGUCGUUCCGUGUAACUUUAACCCGGGGAUUUUUCGGCCUGUUGUUUAUUAUUAUUAAAAAAAGAACACCGUGAAGUUAGAGACCCUAGAAUGUCGAUCUUGGGCUUAAAGAAGAAACAGCCAAAGACUUUCAAAGUGAAAGUCAUCACCAUGGAUGCUGAAGUGGAGUUCAGUUGUGAGGUUAAAUGGAAGGGAAAGGACCUUUUUGAUCUGGUGUGCCGCACAAUCGGACUGAGGGAGACCUGGUUCUUUGGGCUCAGGUAUACCGUGAAAGAUACCUAUGCUUGGCUGAAAAUGGAGAAGCGGGUUUUAGAUCAAGAGGUUCCGAAAGAGUUUCCUAUCACGUUUCAUUUCCUAGCAAAGUUUUUCCCGGAAAAAGUGGAGGAAGAGCUUGUUCAAGAGAUAACGCAACACCUAUUCUUCCUACAGGUGAAGAAGCAGAUUUUGGAUGAAGAGAUAUUUUGUUCUCCGGAAGCAGCAGUUCUCUUGGCAUCAUAUGCUAUUCAGGCCAAGUAUGGAGACUACGACCCCAAUUUUCACAAGCCAGGAUUUUUGGCCCAAGAUGAGCUCAUGCCUAAGAGAGUUCUGAUGCAGUAUCAGAUGACUCCAGACAUGUGGGAGGAGAAGAUAACGGCGUGGUAUGCGGAGCAUAGGGGCAUCGCCAGGGAUGAAGCUGAGAUGGAUUACCUGAAAAUAGCACAGGACCUUGACAUGUAUGGAGUCAGUUACUUCUCAAUAACUCAAAACAAGAGGGACACAGAGCUUCUCCUUGGGGUGGACGCCCAGGGGCUUCACAUAUACAACCCCAACAACAAGCUGAACCCUAACAAGUCCUUCCCUUGGAGUGGCAUCAGAAACAUAUCCUAUAGUGAGAAGGAGUUCACAAUAAAGCCAUUAGACAAAAAGAAGGAAGUCUUUAAGUUCUAUUCAUCCCAGCUCAGAGUCAACAAGCUGAUUCUGCAACUAUGCAUUGGAAACCAUGACCUGUUUAUGCGGAGAAGGAAGGUGGAUUCAAUUGAGGUCCAGCAAAUGAAAGCACAGGCCAAGGAGGAGAAAGCAAGGAAGAAGAUGGAGCGGCAGAUUCUCUCUCGGGAAAAGCAGAUGAGGGAGGAGGCAGAGCGUGCAAAAGAGGACAUGGAAAGGCGACUCUUUCAGCUACAGGAUGAAGCACGGCUGGCCAAUGAAGCACUGCUUCGCUCGGAGGAGACGGCGGACCUGCUGGCAGAGAAGGCCCAGAUCGCGGAGGAGGAGGCUAAGCUGCUGGCCCACAAGGCAGCCGAGGCGGAGCAGGAACGCCAGCGGCUGGAGGUCACGGCACUGAAGACGAAGGAGGAGAAGCGGCUGAUUGAGCAGAAGAUGCGGGAGGCGGAACAGCUGACUGUCAAGCUGGUGGAGCAGUCAGAGAGGAGGCUGAAAGAGGCAGACCAUCUGAAGCAGGACCUGAACGAGGCUAAAGAUGCAGAGCGCAGGGCCAAGCAGAAACUGCUGGAGAUCACCAAGACCACCUACCCGAUCAUGGCGGCUUAUUCCAGCCCCCCUCUGACCCUUGAAGGAGGAGGGGACCUUAACCUUGAUGCAGGCCCCUGCAGGACGGACUUCAAGGACAGCGAUAUGAAGAGGCUGUCCAUGGAGAUCGAGCGGGAGCGGCUGGAGUACAUGGAGAAGAGCAAGAACUUGCAGGAACAGCUGAAGGAGCUCAAGUCGGAGAUCGAGUCCCUGAAGCUGGAGGAGCAGCAGCAGAGCAGCUUGUUUGCCCCCCGCAAUGACCCCCGCCUCUACUUCGAGCCACCAUACGUCCCCCACAGCAAUCGAAACUCCGCCUACCUGGCUCAGAUGGCGUACUCCGAGGAGGUGUGACGAGGAUUAAGGGCGGGUGACUGGCCGCCUUGCGCUCCAAGCAUCCCUAAAAUAUAUGUACAUUAUAUAUAUAUAUAUAAUCACUGCCUUGCAUUAAUGACACUCAAACUAUUGAAAUACCUCUGCAGUAAUGCAAAGUCAUUUAACUUUUAUUCUCCUCCUUUUAUGACAUGUGUGUUCAGUGAAACACAAAUGCUGCAAAUGCUUUUUUAAUUUUCCUGAUUUCAGGGACUUGUUGCUACCACUGCAGUGAACAGCUCAGCAUUUAGCCUAGCGUGUUUUUCGUAUAACCAAGUACCUUCUCCUUGUAACACUUGGUGUUUUGCAUGUUCAAAUGGAAGUUGAAUAAAUACUUUGUUUUACAAUGUA